GAGGCUUGCAGCUCGGUCGGUGCGUUGCAUAACGUACUGCAGGUCCUCGGUCAGCCUUAGUCCCACUCCACACAUCGGCUUACCUCUUCACAAUGGCAGCUCCCAAGAAAGUCUGCAUCAUUGGCUCUGGAAAUUGGGGUUCUGCCAUCGCCAAGAUAGUCGGUGCCAAUGCUGCGCAAAAGUCAACAUUCGACAGCACCGUAAAAAUGUGGGUGUUUGAGGAGACGGUGAACGGGCGCAAACUGACUGAAAUAAUUAACAACGAUCAUGAAAAUGUCAAGUACCUUCCUGGACACAAGCUACCCGCCAAUGUGCUGGCUGUUCCAGACCUGGUUGACUCAUCCAGUGAUGCAGACAUUCUGGUGUUUGUGAUCCCUCACCAGUUUGUUGGGAGAGUGUGCGACACCAUAAAGGGCAAGAUAAAGAGUGACGCAAUUGGAAUAUCCCUUAUCAAGGGUGUAGACGAGGGGCCUGAUGGACUGAAACUCAUCUCUGAUGUGAUCCAGGAGAAGCUCGGUAUCACCAUGAGUGUGCUGAUGGGGGCAAACAUUGCCAAUGAGGUUGCUGACGAGAAGUUUUGUGAGACCACAAUUGGUUGUAAGAACAAAAACCACGGGGCCCUCCUUAAGGAACUCAUGCAGACCAACAACUUCAGAGUAACUGUAGUAGAGGAGUACGAUGUGGUGGAAAUCUGUGGAGCCCUGAAGAACAUUGUUGCAGUCGGGGCAGGCUUCUGUGAUGGUCUAGGCUUCGGGGACAACACCAAGGCAGCAGUGAUCAGGCUGGGUCUGAUGGAGAUGAUUGCUUUUGCCCGCAUCUUCUGCACUGCCGGGCCCGUGUCCUCCGCGACCUUCCUGGAAAGCUGCGGUGUGGCUGACCUCAUAACAACCUGCUAUGGAGGCCGCAACCGCAAAGUAGCUGAAGCUUUCGCGAAGACAGGGAAGUCCAUUGAGGAGCUGGAGAAGGAGAUGCUGAACGGUCAGAAGCUGCAGGGACCAGCCACAGCAGCUGAGGUGUAUCUCAUCCUCAAGCACAAAAACCUAGUUGACAAGUUCCCGCUGUUCAAUGCAGUGUAUCAGAUCUGCUAUCAGGGCCAUCCAGUCACAGAGUUCAUAAGCUGUUUGCAGAACCAUCCAGAGCACAUGUAAAACCUGCAGACAGACCCUGUGCCUUCUAAGUGAAGAACGUAACUAUUACUCACCUGUUACCUGUCAGAAAUAGAUUGGGGAUGACCAGCAGCUCCACAGGUGUCAUGCAAACUGAACGGCUCCAGCCAGUGAGUAAAACAGGUUGCAUAACAUUUUGUGUUUGUUAAGCUCUAGUUUGAAAUGUUUGUCCUCUUAACAUUCAGUUUCUGAUGUCAUUUAAGUGCUUUCUUUUAUUUCUUAACCCAUUCAAACUUGAAGGAUAACCUAUGGGAGAGUAUGUUCUGGUCAGAUUGCUCUUCUUUUUUUUUUUUUUUUUUGCCUUGAUUUCUUUUGUUUUUGAUGAAAUCUGAAUGCAUGGUGUCACUUCCAAGCUGGAAACACUACACAAAUCCACAUUAAAUAAGUUGGUCCACUUUGUUUUAAUCAACACUUAACUGCUGUUCUGUUAAUACCUUUUUAUUUUUUUUAACUUCGUCAUGCAUUCAGAUUUCGGUAGGGCCAACCACUCGGGGCAAAGACCUGCCGAAAGCCUUCCGUAGAGGAAAUAAUCGAUUAUCUCAUGUUUGUGUUGCCGUCCGUUUGAUGCCUGUCCAUUAUGAUUCUAGUGUGAUACCUCACUUUUGUUGUCUUUGUAUGAUCAUAAGUGUCCUAUAUAAUUCACUCAGAUAUUUCCUGUCUUUUACUGUUUGUUAACAUACUGACGAUUGCGCAGUAACUGUUUUUAACUGAAGAAAUGAAAGUGCCUUAGUAUGCACGGUUGCUACGUAUGGCCAUCGUCUCUUUUUGGGUGUCGAACCAAAGACUUGACUAAUUAAUGUCCGUCCACUUUGUCAACAUGUGUAUGUGAAUAAAUUGAUUCAUCAAG